GGAGGGCGGGGACGGGGCGAGCGCGAGGAAAUCAAACGGGCCCGGCAUGAAUUAGGCAGUGGGGAGAGCUCCUUCCCGCUGCUUCCAUCCCUCCUUCUCCGUUCCCGCACGGCGGGAGCAGCGCCGCCCCGCGCGGAGCGGGUGCGUGCACACACCACACGCACACACACAACCCCCCCGCACACCACACGCACGCACACCGCCGAGCCCGGCGGGGCGGGCCGGGCCGGGCCGGGCUGGGUUGGGGCGGGGGGGGGGCCGUCAGAUGAAGAUGGCAAUGUCUGUGAUCCAAGCGUGCCGCAGCCUGGCUCUCUCAACAUGGCUGCUGUCCUUUUGUUUCGUGCAUCUGCUGUGCCUGGACUUCACCGUGGCCGAGAAGGAGGAGUGGUACACGGCCUUCGUCAACAUCACCUAUGCCGACCCGGCGGCCGGCAGCGCCGAGCUCCGCAGCGAGAAGAGCGAGUGCGGGCGCUACGGCGAGCAGUCGCCUAAGCAGGACGCCCGCGGGCAGGUGGCCCUCUCCGCCUCGCCCGCAGACCGCUACGCUUGUGACCCCGGCACCCGCUUUAACGCCCCGGCGCCGGGUAAGAGCUGGGUGGCCCUCAUCCCGCGGGGCAACUGCACCUACAAGGACAAGAUCCGCCACGCCGCCGCCCAGAACGCCUCUGCCGUGGUCAUCUACAACGUGGGCUCCAGCAAUGCCAACGAGACCAUCACCAUGCCCCAUGCAGGCCUAGAAGAUGUUGUAGCAAUAAUGAUUCCUGAACCCAAAGGAAAAGAGAUAGUUAGCCUCCUGGAGAGGAACAUUACUGUGAUGAUGUACAUAACCAUUGGGACACGCAACUUGCAGAAGUAUGUCAGCCGGACCUCUGUGGUGUUCGUCUCCAUCUCCUUCAUUGUGCUGAUGAUCAUCUCUCUGGCAUGGCUGGUCUUCUAUUACAUCCAGCGAUUCCGCUACGCAAAUGCCAGAGACAGAAAUCAGCGCCGGCUUGGAGAUGCUGCAAAGAAAGCAAUCAGCAAGCUGCAAGUCAGAACAAUCAGGAAAGGUGAUAAGGAAACUGAGCCAGACUUUGAUAACUGUGCUGUUUGUAUUGAAGGCUACAAGCCCAAUGAUGUUGUCAGAAUUUUGCCUUGCAGGCAUCUUUUCCACAAGUCCUGCGUAGACCCCUGGCUGCUAGACCAUCGUACCUGCCCGAUGUGUAAAAUGAAUAUUCUAAAAGCUCUAGGGAUCCCGCCAAAUGCAGAUUGCAUGGAUGAUAUACCUCCAGACUUGGAAGCAUCUAUAGGAGGACCACCAACCAACCAGAUAACGGGAGCCAGCGAUAUAACAGUGAACGAGAGCUCUGUAGCCCUGGAUCCCCCAGUGCGGACUGUGGGAGUACUACAGGUCAUCCAAGAUGUAGACUCCUUUCCCCAGGCUGGGGAGGGUAACUUCACAACAAGCAAUGAACAGGAGCCAGCAGUGAGCAGUGAUUCAGAUAUUUCAUUGAUUAUGGCAAUGGAGGUUGGACUGUCCGAUGUGGAGCUUUCCACUGAUCAAGACUGCGAAGAGGUGAAGUCUUGAAAAACAGAGAUCCAACACUAAACUACAGGGGAGGGUCACAGGGAGGGAGUGUGUCAGCUUUCUAGGAUUUGGACCAGUCAUGCACAUGCCUCCAGAGCACUGUCACUCCUGCACACUCCAUUCUGAGAUGGUCAUGAAAAGCAAUAGCAACAGUUGUGUCUGCCUGGAUGCAGUUUCAUCAUCUGCAUACGUUCAUUUUGUCCACACGGGAGAUGAGCGCUUUCAGUUUACCCACGUGCUUGAGAGCGGUCAUGUAACUCUUCAGUGGCUCAUAAAUAAGCAACUGAAAAGACAGCUUGAGUGUUUUCUACACUUGUUCGAUUGGGUUUUGUUUCUUUGUUUUGAAAAGACGUCCAUUUGUUACGUUUGUUUGGUUGGUUAUAGUUUGUUAUGGAUGGACACUCUGUUUUUAUUGACUGACCCCAGCUUUUUCAAGAGUUCAGUCCAGAAAUCUGAAUUCCCAUUCACUGGUCACUUCAUGAUCUGACUCCAGGAUUUAUCAUUGCCUUGUUUUUUCUGCAUGAAGUACACAUGGCUUCAGAAGGAUGGUGCACCAGCACCCUGCAUUAACGUGAAGUCUGCUUUCAUUAAGUGGGAGCCUUGGAAAUAGUAUAUGCUGAAGGCCUUUAUUUGUAGGAUAACUGCAAGUUAACAGAGAUUGUUGAUAUUUGGGUUAAAACUCCAUUGUAUUGGCUUUUAUGUAGAGGUCUGUUCUAGACAAGUAUACAGUGAGAAGGAGAGAAAAAAAAAGCUUAAAGCUUUACUCCAUCCUUGUAGUCCUUUGCUAUAUUUUAUGCCAUUAGCAGUUGUCACUACAGUAAUGGCCUUCCUACAGUUCAGUAGCUGGAAAAGAAGAUCUAGUAUAACAUCAUGUCUCUUCUUAAUUUUGCAGACUGACUGGUAGGCUAAAGGAGUGUCUGAGAGGUUUCCAGAGGCUGCUUGUUGACAGCUGUGCAUUAUGUGGAUGACAGUGUUCUUAGAAAGGGUCUGAAGAUGCUGAUAUCAGCAUCAGAAAUUGCUAAUGAAGCAGGAGGCAGCUGGUUGAAAUGUUUGCUUCCUGGUUUGUUUGUGGUUUUUUCUUGGUGUUUUUCACUUCUUACUUUUUAAAACUUGUUACCCAACACAGGAGUUCAAGUGGUUCCUUGCCCUCCAGGGUCCCUGUCAACACUGUGGCAAACAGAAUACUUGCAUUUUGCAUAUAGAUACAUGUACCAAAAAACAUUGGGUAAAGGGGAGGGAAUGUGAAAAUAAACAGAACUAACAUAAAUCAAAAUGCCUAAGUAAUAAUGGCCUGCAAUGAUUAUUUAGUUCAUCCUGAGCUCUGGUUUUCAUGGGAAAGCUUAUAUCAUUACUUGUUCAGUGUAUGAUUUCCUUUUUCAGUCAAAAUACUCAACUGUGAAGAAGCAUUUUUAGCUUACUGUUACACAAGAGUACACGGUUUCUGUUGACAGUCAGAUGAUUUGAAUCACAUUACUGCCUCCUGCGUCAAGUCCAUAGAAUCAACAAUUCAUCUUACAUUCAAUUUCAUGGCGAGGUCAAACAUUUUGACUUGAUGGUGCCAUGGCAGCAUCUCAAAAUGCAACUAUUAGGGUUCUUGCUGUGUUUAAUCUCCUUUUGGAUUUACUUGUUAAUCGUGGAGACCAACUUCCAGCCAAAAUUUGGUUUGUCAGAUCUUAUUCAGGAACAAAUAUGUUUAGAACUAUCCCUAAAAUUUUGGCUGACUUGCUUCUUUAGUACAGGAAGAAGGAAAAAUUAUACUCCAUCCUUUUCGGUCCAGUUAGAACUCAAUUCAUUUUAUAGCUUAAUUUUUUUUAUGUUCUUAGCCCCUGAAUUACAGGGUAACUUUGAGGCGAAGGAGCACAGCCUAAUCAUCCUUCAAAACCAUGAUCUGGAAACGUGCAGUUAGAUUUUUAUAAGCCAUUUGAAAGGACAUCUCUACUUAAUUAAGGAGAUGCUGGAAAUCUGCUUUGUUUAAAAAGACAGAGAUCAUUCCAAAGGGCGCAGCUAGGUCAGUUUUGCCAGUAUGUGUGGUUCUGUGAUCGUAUUUUCCUUAUUCUUUAAUGUCUCCUCUAUUCCUUGCUGCUAUGGGAAAGGUCCACAGCAUCAGGAGGACCAAUGCUGAGAUUCACCCCUACGCAAGAGAGUUUGCACAAGGUACUGCAUCAGCUCCACUUAGGCUCUGGAAAUAAUGCUGAAAUGGGAUUUAAGUGGUGCUUACAGCACCACUGGCCCUUCACAUAGGAAUGAAAUUCAUCUCGAAUGACGGCAGGGGAAAGAGUGAAGUUGGUUAUACACAGUCAGGUCUCCCAAGGGGAACUGCACACACUGGUACAAUUUCUUCUCUAGUGCUGGAGCCUGGGUGCUACAUGUCACAGGAACAUCACGAACACAAUGUCUGAGUUGUCAGUAAUCCUUUAGCAUCCACCCGCUGCAGCGCAGCACACAGACAAAAUACUCUUGGCUGCACUGCUUGAGUUUUAGAGAAGCUGUCACAAAGUCUUUGUUUUAUUUCACACUGAAGUUAAUUUCACAAUUAAUUAAGUUAAUCUCAAUAGAUAGAUUGACCUAUUAUCUGUUGCCAUAGCAGAUUCAUCCACGACACAGCAGAGCAGUGAGGUCUGUGGAAAAGCAAGACAGUAGAUGAAACUCCCAGCUGACACUCAACUGGGUCCUUUGCCCAGCAAAAUCAUUGGAGGGAGCUGUGCUCAAAGGGGCAUCACAUAGAUGGUAACUGAGAUCCUGCCCUUAUUUCUAGGAGUUGGGGAAGGAUUUCAGGGAGGGAUCACGCUGUGCAUGUUCUUUUCCUGAGUAUCCCAUACCAGGUGUGGUCCCUCAGGUUCCGCAGGUGGCCACUGGGAGGGUGCUAGGCUGAGCGAGACAUUUACACAUAUCACCAUAUUGUAGUCUUCCAGAAGAGGCACCCUAGCAAAUCCGAGUCAGGAGUCAAUCUGCUUUUGUUUUCCCUGUUCUACCUGUGGUUUCACUCAGGAAAUACGUUUUUCCAUCUCUGUCCUCAGGUGUUCUACAGCUCUGGGCACUGUUAAGCAGUAGCAAGUAGAAAGCCAGGUUACACAUCACUGAAGCCAGAAUUUAGGAAAGCACUUAAGUAAAUGAUUUAUUCUGUCCUUCAGAAAAGCACUUGCAGCUAAUUUUGGACUUGCACCAAAAUCAUGUUAUUUUCAACAGGUCUAGGAGAACAAUUAAUUCCCUCUGUCAAAUGGAAAUAUUUUUCUAAAGCAGAACCUGGCUGACAAUAUUCUUUGUAUAUAUAACCUCUGAAAUGCCUUGGAAGUUUGAGGUGCUUCAUAAUGACUAAGACCCCCAAGUGUAUGUUUGUAGCACAUAUGAAAGCCUUAAUUCUGCAGAUCUGCAUGCCCAUGUACUAUUUUGCUUACACGAAUCUCUGCACUAAGAUUUCCUCACAGGGUACAAUUAAACCUCCCGAUUUGCAGCUUUGAGCAAGAUGAGUCCCAUCCUGUGAGUUGUGCAAGUCCUCAGUACUGCUGCCUGCUAAGCUUGGACUCUGGAAUUAAAUACGUAGGGCUCAGAUGCCAGGGACAGAGCACUGCCUGUUCAGAAGGGAAAGCAGCCUUUAGCAUGCAGCCAGGAAAACACAAAAUCCUCUGGUGCCCUCUGAUGAACAAGUGUUCAUGCAUGUAGUUCUGCAGGCUCAUGCUGUGACUUACACCGGGGCAAAGGGGCACCUCCUGCACAGGGCUGGUGGCCAAAGUAGGGAUAGUGCAGCUCUCGAGAAAGGCAUUUUUGUCAUUAAGCUGAUCUUGUGUCUCUGAGCUUUUCCUGCCCUGUCGUCUGAGGCUUUUCUCUUUUCCAUGAACAAGUUGUAGGUGGGAGAAGCAUUCAUCUUAGCGAGGCUCAUCUCCACUCAUGCUAAAGUGGUUGCAGGGUGAAACUUGGGCAGAGGGAGACUGCCCUCUGGCUGUCCUUUGAUUUUCAUGGGUUUCACUGAACUGCUUUCCAAAGGCCUGUUCAAUAGGACACAAAAAGUUGUAUAGGAGAGUUUUGCACUCAUAAAUGACCUAAUGCGUGCAUGCAGAUGUGCAAGGUGCCAGUUCCACAUCCCCUCCCCAUGGCUGACUUGUUCUGGUGAGGAUUGAGAUCUGACACUUCCUGAGGGUUUGGGGUGUUUUUUUAUUUUCUUACUGCUUCAGAGCCUUAAAACCAGGAUCAGGUCAAUCACAGUGCUAUAGUUCAUUCUUUAAGCAUUCUGUAGAAUUAUAUUACCAUGAAUGCGUAUAAAAGUGUAUUGGUAAGACUAUACAAACCAUACUGUAGUGGAAACAGAAACAGCUGUCAUUUUUAUAUGACUUUUUAUAUGGGGGAGAUCGUGGCACUAAAGAAAAAGGCUUUCUAGAGGCAGUUUGGGAAAAAGUCCAUAUGAUACGAGCUCCCUCAGAUCUCACUGCUUCAGUGACCCCUAGAUCAGAUCCAGAGGAAGCCAUUGCAAGGAGAGCAGUGCUUAGUCUUACUGAAUGACUUGUUUGGGAUACAUUUUUACUUUGUUAUCUAAAUGAACCCAAGCACAGAGACAGAUCCAGCUCUGAAUUUGAUCUGUCUCAAAGAAUGUGCAUUGUGAUCCAGUUAUUUUCCUUGUCAAACCUGUUAACCCACCUUCUUUUUCCCCCUUGCUAAAGCAGAAGAAGUGCUUAUCCAGUUUGAAAAAUGUCUAUCUCAGAAGACCUUUGCAUAUGGAUAGGCUGCCCUGGUGGGUAUCUGCAGAUCACGUUUCUGUGUACGUUUACUCAUCAGUACGACACAGUUGCAGAUUAUCCAUAGAGUCUGUUUUAUUUGUUGUUCGUGUUAAACCUGCAGUUGUCAUUUAGAUUUUCCAGAGUUUUGCCUUACAAAAUUCUCCUUUGAAUGUACGCCACAGCCCUUUGAGUAGAUUCUGUGAUUAAAGGACGAAGAUCAGGGCACAAGUCUUUAAAUGUAGAUCUCUGGAUUGCAAGUCCAACUUCCCAGCUGGGAAUCUCCCAGGCUCUGUUUCCAAGAGUCUCAUUCCUUUGUGAUCUCUGUCCUUAGAAGAGCUCAUGACUAAGCGUAUAGUUUGUAAUAAGCAAGGAUAAGAAUUUAUAGGCUGUGCAAGCCAGGAAAACAAAUAGUCAUUUAUUGAUUUAUGUUUAUUAGCAAUAAUGGACUUUUUUAAACAUUUGUUGUUCUUGUGGAUCCCUGUUCUUGAGCCACUCUACUAGGAAUAGGGGCCAGGACACACUGACUCUCUAAGCAGAAGAGGGAGGGCUUGGAUUGCUGUUGGGAUGCACCCAUUUCCAGUUCCACAGGACUGAAAUGGUGGAGAAACCCAUCUGGUUCCUUCCCAGUCCCUCUCACAGAUGUCUGCUCUGGUGUGAGCCUUAGUUGCAGGGGAAGGAGACAGUGGGAUCAGACUAAUGCUGUGCUACUUUGUCUCUUGCAUUUUGUGCUGCCUGCAUCUCUUGUAGCAGGUUGGAUUGCUGUGGUUGAGCACAGGGGAGAGGAGCCAGCCUAACUUCAACUUAAUCACAGAUGGGCCAGGGGUGUUGGGCAGACUCAGGGCAGCUUAGCUUCUUCAUAACCAGGGCUGAUCAGGAUUGCUGCUUCACUGAAGAACACUGAGCGUUAAGUCAUUUUUCUGAUAGAUGCAAAACGCGUGGGUGUAUAUGGGGCAGCCAGCGCGACACAAACGAAUUGGCUUCAUUAACGCAAGCAGUGAAAAACAGUGACAUGAAAUACUGUCGGGGCAGGGAAAUGAGGGUGGAGGUGUUGUUUCACAGGCUUUUGUGAAUAGGGACGACUGAUCCAACGCAAGCGCUCCUUUGACUUUCCCAAGCUGUUACCUGAACUAAUUGAUAGUUUCGCAGUUGAAAGAGGAACGCCAGAUGGACUUUUUAGCCUGGAUUUGUUUGUGUGGCAGAUGGCAGCUGCCGGCUGGGACGGGGAGCGAGGGAGAAGGCAAGGCCACCCCCACCACACUGGACACCCGCUCAACUCCCUCCCUCUGCUUUGGCACUUAUUUCUCUAGGGAAAAAAAAGCCCUUCCAAGCAGGAGCUGUAUUUCAAAGGGAGAAAUAGAGAAGAAAAAUGAAUGAAAUAUGUUGUGGAUUUUGAAUGAAAAGCCAACAGAUGAAUUUUCCAUCUGAAAUUAAUCUUGUCUCAACUGUUUUAAUUGUGAGCCAGUGGAAGUUAUUUCUUUCUGGAGUGGAUGCAAAGAAAAAAAGGGAGAGAGAAAAAAAAAACAGAAAUAGCAUUUUCCCAUUUUUGUUCAUUUCUCAAAUCUUCAGUCCUGUGUAGCUUGAAAAACAAUAGCAAGAUCGAGAUGCUUGUUUGCUCUGAAUGUAUAUCUGAAUGUUAUUUCAGAUGUCAAAUACCUAAAUGUUUUGUAUGUGUACGUAAUACCGCCCUUCCUUCUUGUUUCAUGUUAGGAACCUGAAAUGACUCUACCAUUUUAUAAUUAGAAAUGUAAAGAGGGGACAGCGGGUGGGAGGGUCUGUUAUUUUUAUAGCAAGAUGUUCCUUGUAUUUAGUGAACAUUUAAAAUGGUUUUGUACUUGUCAAAAUAUACAUUCCAUCCAUUUCCAGAAGAGGAUCAUUUCUAUUGAGUAGUUUAUAAGCAAACCAAAAAACUGUGGUGUCCCAUUUGUACGUGGUUCAUGAACAGAGCAGAAGUAUCCUAGUUUUCAGUGAUGGCUCCAAAGCUUUUUCCAGCCAUGUCUCUUUUCACAUGCUGCAGAGCCAUACCAGCAAAUGCUGACGUUAAGAAAGAAAAAAAAAACCCCGAGUGAAAUAAAUACCAUAUGGAUCAGUGCACAGCUUAUCGAAAUCACUUCCAGCUUGGAGACAAUGGUCUGUCCCAGUGGAACAAGGUAAUCAGUCCCGCUCCGGAUGCAGGACUGUAUUUACUGCUUCUGCCCUGGCAGGCUGGGGGGUGACAGGGCUGUCACACUUGGCACCGUGGCCCCUCUGGCUGGGAGCCUGGUUCUGGCUGAAGCUGGUUUGCUGGUAAGGCAGUUGGUUCCUGCAGGCUGACCACGUUGUGGUUCUUCCGACUGUGGAAACAACCCUUCAUCUCCACGUUAAAAACCAGUUCCUUCCUCAGCCAGCUGCAUGUUGGUUUGCGCAACACCCAGCAAAGACCAUGGCAAAAUCACAGUGGCAUUUACAUAGCUCUUUCUCUCAUAGUCAGCUUCCUCCCCCCCCUCCCCGGCUACCUGUGACUUGCUGCCAAAACAGUGCAGUAGCAGUUUGUGAAGCGAGCCUUUUUUUCUAGCAUUACUUUCUGUACAGUAUUGCAAAUAGACUUUAAGUCUGUGCCGAUAUUUUAUAACGUCUACAUCUUCCCCUCCAAUGCACUUUAUCUCUCUUGAAAAAUGUGGGAGUCGGAGAGCUACCAUCUUAAAGGGAUUUGCCUGAAAUCAUGAGGCACACACUUUUUAUUUUGCUUCCUUCUUGCUUUGUUAUAUACUGUAAAUGCUGAAGAGCAUGGACAGUGACUCAGCUGGGGGAAGUACCAAAAUGUUGAGGGUAAUAUUCAGAAGCAUUAUUCAGUAGUACAACAUGGCUAUUUUUGUUAUAUAGAGGAUUAUAAUGUAAAUAUGUGAGACUGUGUUAUUAUGUACUAGUAAAAUAUUGCAACUCUCAAAGUUAAGAUGGUGAAUUCCAAGGAAUUUUAUUGCAAGUUUUUUAAUAAAACGAAUCUGAUUA